ACGGGGCGGGCCUCGGGGACCCGGGCAGCCCGCGCACUUGGCAGGAGCUUGCAUCUGCCGACGCCCGCGCCUCCAAGGUUUCACGGCUUCCUCAGCAGAGACCCGAGGUCGGCCGCCAUGUCCGCCGCAGAGGAGGUUGAUGGGCUGGGCGUGGCCCGGCCGCACUAUGGCUCUGUCCUGGAUAAUGAAAGGCUUACUGCAGAGGAGAUGGAUGAAAGGAGACGUCAGAAUGUGGCUUAUGAAUACCUUUGUCAUUUGGAAGAAGCAAAGAGAUGGAUGGAAGCGUGCCUCGGGGAAGAUCUGCCCCCUACCACAGAACUGGAGGAGGGGCUAAGGAAUGGGGUCUAUCUCGCCAAACUGGGGAACUUCUUCUCUCCCAAAGUGGUGUCCCUGAAAAAAAUCUAUGAUCGAGAACAGACCAGAUACAAGGCAACUGGCCUGCACUUCAGACACACUGAUAAUGUGAUUCAGUGGUUGAAUGCCAUGGAUGAGAUUGGAUUGCCUAAGAUUUUUUACCCAGAAACUACAGAUAUCUAUGAUCGAAAGAACAUGCCAAGAUGUAUCUACUGUAUCCAUGCACUCAGUUUGUACCUGUUCAAGCUAGGCCUGGCCCCUCAAAUUCAAGACCUGUAUGGAAAGGUUGACUUCACAGAAGAAGAAAUCAACAACAUGAAGACUGAGUUGGAGAAGUAUGGCAUCCAGAUGCCUGCCUUUAGCAAGAUUGGGGGCAUCCUGGCUAAUGAACUCUCAGUGGACGAAGCUGCAUUACAUGCUGCUGUUAUUGCUAUUAAUGAAGCUAUUGACCGUAGAAUGCCAGCCGACACGUUUGCAGCUUUGAAAAAUCCCAAUGCCAUGCUUGUAAAUCUUGACGAGCCCUUGGCAUCCACCUACCAGGAUGUACUUUACCAGGCUAAGCAGGACAAAAUGACAAAUGCUAAAAACAGGACAGAAAACUCAGAGAGAGAAAGAGAUGUUUAUGAGGAGCUGCUCACGCAAGCUGAAAUUCAAGGCAAUGUAAACAAAGUCAAUACAUUUUCUGCAUUAGCAAAUAUCGACCUGGCUUUAGAGCAAGGAGUUGCACUGGCCUUGUUCAAGGCUCUGCAGUCACCAGCCCUAGGUCUUCGAGGACUGCAGCAACAGAACAGUGACUGGUACUUGAAGCAGCUCCUCAGUGAUAAACAGCAGAAGAGACAGAGUGGUCAGGCUGACCCCCUGCAGAAGGAGGAGCUGCAGUCUGGAGUGGAUGCUGCAAACAGUGCUGCCCAGGAGUAUCAGAGAAGAUUGGCAGCAGUAGCAGCAAUUAAUGCUGCCAUCCAGAAGGGUGUUGCUGAGAAGACUGUUUUGGAACUGAUGAACCCCGAAGCCCAGCUGCCCCAGGUGUAUCCAUUUGCCGCUGAUCUCUAUCAGAAGGAGCUGGCUACCCUGCAGCAACAGAGUCCUGAACAUAAUCUCACCCACCCAGAGCUCUCUGUCGCAGUGGAGAUGUUGUCAUCAGUGGCCCUCAUCAACAGGGCAUUGGAAUCAGGAGACAUGAACACAGUGUGGAAGCAGUUGAGCAGUUCAGUUACUGGCCUUACCAAUAUUGAGGGAGAAAACUGUCAGAGGUAUCUUGAUGAGUUGAUGAAACUGAAAGCUCAGGCACAUGCAGAGAAUAAUGAAUUCAUUACAUGGAAUGACAUCCAAGCUUGCGUGGACCAUGUGAACCUGGUUGUGCAAGAGGAACAUGAGAGGAUUUUAGCCAUUGGUUUAAUUAAUGAAGCCCUGGAUGAAGGUGAUGCCCAAAAGACUCUGCAAGCCCUGCAGAUUCCUGCAGCUAAACUUGAGGGAGUCCUUGUAGAAGUAGCCCAGCAUUACCAAGAUACACUGAUUAGAGCGAAGAGAGAGAAAGCCCAGGAAACCCAGGAUGAGUCAGCUGUGCUGUGGUUGGAUGAAAUUCAAGGUGGAAUCUGGCAGUCCAACAAAGACACUCAAGAAGCACAGAAGUUUGCCUUAGGAGUCUUUGCCAUUAAUGAGGCAGUAGAAAGUGGUGAUGUUGGCAAAACACUCAGUGCCCUUCGUUCCCCUGAUGUUGGCUUAUAUGGAGUCAUCCCUGAAUGUGGUGAAACUUACCAGAGUGACCUUGCUGAAGCCAAGAAGAAAAAACAGGCAGCAGGAGACAAUGACAGCAAGUGGGUGAAGCACUGGGUGAAAGGCGGAUAUUAUUAUUACCAUAAUCUGGAGACCCAGGAAGGAGGAUGGGACGAACCCCCAAAUUUUGUGCAAAAUUCUAUGCAGCUUUCUCGGGAGGAGAUCCAGAGUUCCAUCUCUGGAGUGACGGCUGCAUAUAACCGAGAACAGCUGUGGCUGGCCAAUGAAGGCCUGAUCACCAGGCUGCAGGCCCGCUGCCGUGGAUACUUAGUUCGACAGGAAUUCCGAUCCAGGAUGAAUUUCCUGAAGAAACAAAUCCCUGCCAUCACCUGCAUUCAGUCCCAGUGGAGAGGAUACAAGCAGAAGAAGGCAUAUCAAGAUCGGUUAGCUUACCUGCGCUCCCACAAAGAUGAAGUUGUAAAGAUUCAGUCCCUGGCAAGGAUGCACCAAGCUAGAAAGCGCUAUCGAGAUCGCCUGCAGUACUUCCGGGACCACAUAAAUGACAUUAUCAAAAUCCAGGCUUUUAUUCGGGCCAACAAAGCUCGGGAUGACUACAAGACUCUCAUCAAUGCUGAGGAUCCUCCUAUGAUUGUGGUCCGCAAAUUUGUCCACCUGCUGGACCAAAGUGACCAGGAUUUUCAGGAGGAGCUUGACCUUAUGAAGAUGCGCGAAGAGGUUAUCACCCUCAUUCGUUCUAACCAGCAGCUGGAGAAUGACCUCAAUCUCAUGGAUAUCAAAAUUGGACUGCUAGUGAAAAAUAAGAUUACAUUGCAGGAUGUGGUUUCCCACAGUAAAAAACUUACCAAAAAAAAUAAGGAACAAUUGUCUGAUAUGAUGAUGAUAAAUAAACAGAAGGGAGGUCUCAAGGCUUUGAGCAAGGAGAAGAGAGAGAAGUUGGAAGCUUACCAGCACCUGUUUUAUUUAUUGCAAACCAAUCCCACCUAUCUGGCCAAGCUAAUUUUUCAGAUGCCCCAGAACAAGUCCACCAAGUUCAUGGACUCUGUGAUCUUCACACUCUACAACUAUGCAUCCAACCAGCGAGAGGAGUACCUGCUUCUGCGGCUCUUUAAGACAGCACUCCAGGAGGAAAUCAAGUCAAAGGUAGAUCAGAUUCAAGAGAUUGUGACAGGAAAUCCUACAGUUAUUAAAAUGGUUGUAAGUUUCAACCGUGGUGCCCGUGGCCAGAAUGCCCUGAGACAGAUCUUGGCCCCAGUCGUGAAGGAAAUUAUGGAUGACAAAUCUCUCAACAUCAAAACUGACCCUGUGGAUAUUUACAAAUCUUGGGUUAAUCAGAUGGAGUCUCAGACAGGAGAGGCAAGCAAACUGCCCUAUGAUGUGACCCCUGAGCAGGCACUAGCUCAUGAAGAAGUGAAGACCCGGCUAGACAACUCGAUCAGGAACAUGCGGGCUGUGACAGACAAGUUUCUCUCAGCCAUUGUCAGCUCUGUGGACAAAAUCCCUUACGGGAUGCGCUUCAUUGCCAAAGUGCUGAAGGACUCGUUGCAUGAGAAGUUCCCUGAUGCUGGUGAGGAUGAGCUGCUGAAGAUUAUUGGUAACUUGCUUUAUUAUCGAUACAUGAAUCCAGCCAUUGUUGCUCCUGAUGCCUUUGACAUCAUUGACCUGUCAGCAGGAGGCCAGCUUACCACAGACCAACGCCGAAACCUGGGCUCCAUUGCAAAAAUGCUUCAGCAUGCUGCUUCCAAUAAGAUGUUUCUGGGAGAUAAUGCUCACUUAAGCAUCAUUAAUGAAUAUCUUUCCCAGUCCUACCAGAAAUUCAGACGGUUUUUCCAAACUGCUUGUGAUGUACCAGAACUUCAGGAUAAAUUUAAUGUGGAUGAGUACUCUGAUUUAGUAACUCUCACCAAACCAGUCAUCUACAUUUCCAUUGGUGAAAUCAUCAACACCCACACUCUCCUGUUAGAUCACCAGGAUGCCAUUGCUCCAGAGCACAAUGAUCCAAUCCACGAGCUGCUGGACGACCUUGGCGAGGUGCCCACCAUCGAGUCCCUGAUAGGGGAAAGCUCUGGCAAUUUAAAUGAUCCAAAUAAGGAGGCACUGGCUAAGACAGAAGUAUCUCUCACCCUGACCAACAAAUUUGAUGUGCCUGGAGAUGAGAAUGCAGAAAUGGAUGCUCGAACCAUCUUACUGAAUACAAAACGUUUAAUUGUGGAUGUCAUCCGGUUCCAGCCAGGAGAGACCUUGACUGAAAUCCUAGAAACACCAGCCACCAGUGAACAGGAAGCAGAACAUCAGAGAGCCAUGCAGAGACGUGCUAUUCGUGAUGCCAAAACUCCCGACAAAAUGAAAAAAUCAAAAUCUGCAAAGGAAGACAGCAACCUCACUCUUCAGGAGAAGAAAGAGAAAAUCCAGACAGGUUUAAAGAAGCUAACAGAGCUUGGAACUGUGGACCCAAAAAACAAAUACCAGGAACUGAUCAAUGACAUUGCCAGGGAUAUUCGGAAUCAGCGGCGGUACCGACAGAGGAGAAAGGCUGAACUUGUGAAACUGCAGCAAACAUAUGCUGCUCUGAACUCGAAGGCCACCUUCUAUGGGGAGCAGGUGGAUUACUAUAAAAGCUAUAUCAAAACCUGCUUGGAUAACUUAGCCAGCAAGGGCAAAGUCUCUAAAAAGCCUAGGGAAAUGAAAGGAAAGAAAAGCAAAAAGAUUUCUCUGAAAUAUACAGCAGCAAGACUGCAUGAAAAGGGAGUUCUUCUGGAAAUUGAGGACCUGCAAGUGAAUCAGUUUAAAAAUGUUAUCUUUGAAAUCAGUCCAACAGAAGAAGUCGGAGACUUUGAAGUGAAGGCCAAAUUCAUGGGAGUUCAAAUGGAGACUUUUAUGUUACAUUAUCAGGACCUGUUGCAGCUACAAUACGAAGGAGUUGCAGUCAUGAAAUUAUUUGAUAGAGCUAAAGUAAAUGUCAACCUCCUGAUCUUCCUUCUCAACAAAAAGUUCUACGGGAAGUAAUUGGUUACUUGCUGCCAGCCCAGAAGGACGAAGGAAAGAAGCACCCCCAGCUGCCUUUCUAGGUCCUUCUUUACUCACUGGAAGCAAAGACCUAGGCCACAACGACCCCUCAAUCUGAUGCACUCCCGAUGCCACAUUUUUAACUCCUCUCCCUCUGAUGGGACAUUUGUUACCCUUUUUUCAUAGUGAAAUUCAGGCUUAGUCUGGCCUUUCUGGAUUCUUCAUUUUCUUCCAUUACUUAGGAAAGAGUGGAAACUCCACUAAAAUUUCUGUGUUGUUACAGUCUUAGAGGUUGCAUUACUAUAUUGUAAGCUUUGGUGUUUGCUUUAAUUAGCAAUAGGGAUGGUAGGACUCAAAUUUUUGUCAUUUAGAAGUGGAAGCUAUUAGCACCAAUGACACACAUGCGUAAGACAUACAACUAAAAUGUCAUGUUCUUAACGAUUGUUAGGUUGUCAUUUAAAAGUAAAUGUCAUGUUGUUAACAGCUGUUAGGUUGUCAUUUAAAAGUCAAGUUCCUUUCUAUUUCUGUCCUAUCAGGAAAGUUGAAGGAUAUGAGGAUCACUGCUUCUCUCCCAUUGUGCUUUUCUUUAUGGACAGGAGCUAAUAGAAGUGACUGUUGUAUGUUCAAAGGAUCCAUUUCUAGAAAAAAGGAGAUAUUGUUUUUAAAUUUCAUCAACAAACUUGGGCAAUUCUGUUUGUGUAACUCUCCAUCUAGUGGAUGGGAGAGUGCGGUUGAUAAAAUUCAGCUACUUAGGUAAAUUCAGAAUGGGCGAAGACAGCUGCCUGUUUGUGUUGGUGCCCAGAGAUUGACUUGAUUCAAAGAGACAAUUCACUCCAUCCCUCUGGCAGAGGAAAGAGUUGGCCCUAGUGUAGAAUUGUCUUUGUUUUUAAAACUUUUAUAUCUGAAGAGUGUCUUAUCGAAGUAUAGAUGUAUUUUUUAAAACGUGGGUGAUAGGAAUUUUAAAGAUUUAUAUAAUGCAUCAAAAGCCUUAGAAUAAGAAAAAGGUUUUUUAGAUUGGUUUAUCUGUAUAUCUGAACUCUUGAGACUUAUAACUAAAACACUAGGAUUUAUCUGCAGGAUUGCAGAGAAAUAAUUCUGCCUUAAAUUGUCUAAAACAAAAACAAAACCAGUCAACUUUUGUUACAUGUGAGAUUGAAACCAAUUUUUCUCCCUUUUUUCUUUUGCUGCCCACAUUGUGCCUUUAUUUUAUGACCCCCAGUUUUCUGGGCUUAUUAAAAAAAAGAAGAAAAAUCAGUUCUAAACGUUGAAUUUAGGAAGCUUUUGUUCUUGGAUAAAAAGUAAUAUACUUUUUAAAAAAUCUGUUUAUCCAGGAAAAGAUAUUAAAAUCAUGCUGCUGAGCCUCUAUUGUCUUUUAUGUUUUGGUUCGGUAUUCUUUUAUCAUAAAUUUUUAGCAUUUAAAAAUUUACUGAUGUACAUUUAAAGCCAAUAAACUGUUUGAAUGAAUAACAAGCUAUGUGGUGUGUCCCUAUUAUAAAUGCAUUGGAGAAGUCUUUUUAUGAGACUCUUGACUCAGGUCCAUGGUUACAGCCCACAGGGAGGCGUGGAGUGCCAUGGAAGGAUUCACCACUACCCUGACCUUGUUUUUUGUUGUGUUUUGGAAGACAGGUUUUUUUUAAAUAAAUGUUUCCUCAGAUUAAAGGAUGAUGCUAUUACAACUAGCAUUGCCUCAAAAACUGGGACCAACCAAAGUGUGUCAACCAUGUUUCCUUAAAAGAGGCUGUCAGUCCCAAAGGCCACAUCCAAGGCAGGCAAUAAUGAGCAGAGUUGACAGCUCCUUCAAUAAAAACUGUCAAUUAUUUGUAAGGAUUAUAGUCCCUUAACAGAACUGCUAAUGCGCUUCAAGAAUGUUGAUGAUGAUGAUGUAGAAGUAUGGUUUUAAUGGCAUAGAAGAUACCUAAAAGACUCCUGGCAUUGAAACCAUGCAGUUUUCAACACUGUUAUUUAUUAGCGGUAGCCUUCUGUCCCCUCUCUCCUCCUCCUUUGACCUUCUCCUAGACCAGACAUCAUGACAUUUACCAUGAAUUUACUUCCUCCCAAGAAUCCGGACUGCCCAUCAGAUUGUUGCUGCCCACAAUUGCCUUUGUAUCUCUGUAUGAAAUAAAAGGUCAUUUGUUC